GACACUGAAGGAGAUCCUCGAACGGAAUAAUUUACUGUAGCCGAUUGGUUGAAAUGUCCAUGAGCUUAAUAGUAUAUAUUUGUAUUACCAAUACUACGGGAAAGAAUGAUGAAAUAUCUCUUGAUUAUUUAUCUAUGGACGCCAGUUGUCUCACAUGGGUCCAGUGUAGGAUGUCCUGAAGGAGUUCAUUUUAACUCUGUGAACCUGAGGAACAUUGCAAAGUGGCAUCCUGGGAAAGACACACCAAAUGACACACAUUACACAGUGGAGUAUGCAAUUUAUGGUGACAGAAUGGAUAGUGGGGCGACACAGGUGCGCUGGAGGGUGAAGAACCAGUGCAGAGACAUCCCUCAGACCUGGUGUGAUCUAUCCAAUGAGACCACUGACCUGGAUGAAGGCUACUUUGCCAGAGUCAAGGCUGUGGGCACAAACCUAUCCUCCAAAUGGGCAUUCACGGAAAAGAGGUUUGACCCCAAAGCUGACACAACCUUUGGACCACCACUUGUAAAACUUGUGGUGAAGGAGAAUAGUGUUACUGUCAAGCUGAAGGGUCCAAUGAGAUGGAAGACUGGAAACAUGACAAAAGAGUACUCCUUGUUGAAAAUAUACCCUCAGAUGACAUACAACCUCUCUGUGUACGACAACAGAAGCAACAAAACGCAUCACUUCACUGUGGAAAACAGAUCCUUUGAAUAUGGGUUGCUUGCCUAUGAAACCCAGUAUUGUUUCUCAGCUAAUUCCCAGGUCCUGUCACUUCCUAUACCUUGGCAUGCCUCUGAAUGGCAGUGCCUAACAACCCCAAAGGAUCCCUUCUACGAUCAGCUGCUACUGAUGCUGAUGGGAGCCGUUGUACCAUCAGUUAUCUGCCUUUUCAUGCUGAUCCUGUCUGGAUGCCUUUUCUACCACUUUGUCUGUGGUAAUAAACAGAAAAGUCCCCCUUUCCUGGAAAUAUUGGACCUUCAGAACCCACCGCAGACUUUCUGUCCUGAGCAUACUGUGACAGUGAAUGUGGUACUGGUCAACAUUGCCAAGCCCAUGGAGUUGAUAACCAUAAAGCCUAACAACAUCCCUGCCCUGAUCCACCAAACAGAGUGGGAGCUCGAACUACCCUACACUUCCCAGCAAGCCCCUGGCAUAGAACCUCCAAAGGAGGGAUCAUGUGAAGAUGAAUUCGGUGAGGCCCAACCAGAACCUCUAGACUAUGGCUUCGUUGGAGCGGCCCCAGAGAUGCCGGAAGUAAGAGAAAGUGAGGCAUCUGACAUUGAGAAAACCCGGCCCCUGCGUCUAAGCCAGGUCAACCCGUACAUAGCACAGAGAUGUUCACAGGAGCCUGUGGAGAAUGUUUUGACUGGGAUGUGUUUAGACAUGGACCCCAAGACAGGGCUCUUUAGAAUGCCACUGCUGUCUGAUAUAAAGCUGGGGGUGGAGAGCACAAGUUACAAAGAGCCUGAUCAGAUGGGUCACUACGCACCACAGCACGUCUCUGUCAGAGAGACUACUGAGGUGGACCUGUGGGGAGACAAAGCUGAAGGGCCCCAAAGUUACCCCUCAGACUACGGCUUCGUGGGAGCAGCCCCAAAGCAGCAGAUGGUGCCAACAAAGUACCAGACGCGGUCUAACAGGAGGGAUAAUCAGCCCCUGCUGCUAGCCCAGGUCAACCUGUACAGAAGCCAGAGGCAAGCUCUGUUUCCACAGGAGUCUGAGGAAGAGGAUGGAUUAGGUGGUGGUAACUGUGUUGACUGGAGCCCUACAACAGGGAUCCUCCAGAUGCCUUUGCUCUCCAAGCCUAUUCCAGAAGUGGAGGGAGCGAGGAAGGACAGGGAGUCAGAGCAGUUGGAGAUCUUACCCAGUGUGUUAGUGAGGCAAUCCUCAGAGGAGAGUGAGGGUGAGAGUGACCUGACUAAACUACAGAAUGUCUGGAGUCUACAGAUCAACAUGGAGGACUAACCUAUUAGACAGUUAACCUAUUGGACACUUAACCUAUCAGAGAGUUAACCUAUUGGACACUUAACCUAUCAGACAGUUAACCUAUUGGACACUUAACCUAUCAGACAGUUAACCUAUUGGACACUUAACCUAUCAGACAGUUAACCUAUCGGACAGUUAACCUAUUGGACACUUAACCUAUCGGACAGUUAACCUAUUGGACACUUAACCUAUCAGACACUUAACCUAUCAGACAGUUAACCUAUUGGACACUUAACCUAUCAGACAGUUAACCUAUCGGACACUUAACCUAUCAGACAGUUAACCUAUCGGACAGUUAACCUAUUGGACACUUAACCUAUCGGACAGUUAACCUAUUGGACACUUAACCUAUCAGACAGUUAACCUAUUGGACACUUAACCUAUCAGACAGAUAACCUAUUGGACGCUUAACCUAUCAGACAGUUAACCUAUUGGACACUUAACCUAUCAGACAGUUAACCUAUUGGACACUUAACCUAUCGGACAGUUAACCUAUUGGACACUUAACCUAUCGGACAGUUAACCUAUUGGACACUUAACCUAUCGGACAGUUAACCUAUUGGACACUUAACCUAUCGGACAGUUAACCUAUUGGACACACAUUAUUACAGCAAAACCGUUUGUUUACCGUAGGUGGAAGAAUAAUUCAGAUUGCUGUUUGUACCAUUUGAUUCAGUUGACAAAUCAAAUGAAGGACAUAUUUUUAACUAAUCCAAAAUGCUUGGUGAAUGCUUCAGCAAUGUGAUUGUAACUAAUUUAUUUUUGAGGUUUUGUUUACUUUAUACCUUUUAUCCAUACUUUUCUACUAACUUAUCACGAUUGAUGAAUUGCCAGAGCUUUUUUUGUACAAUUUAAUUCAAAGUUUAUAUGAAGGCACAUGCAAUGCCACUUUACCUCAUGAUGAUUAACAAGCAGGGGGAGUGUUGCUGUAAAGGUUUAUAACCACACACUAAACUAUGAAGACAAUGCAAAUAAAGGAUAUAUACAGUAUCCGUCAAACUUUUGGACACACCUACUCAUUCAAGGGUUUUUCUUUAUUUUGACAAUUUUCUAUAUUGUAGAAAAACAGUGAAGACAUCAAAACUAUGCAAUAACACAU